AUGAACACAAAGAAGAUUUCAAAAAGAACAUAUGUAGUCUUAUUGGCAUCUGGUGUGUUGGCCAUUCUAGGUGCUGUUGGAGGGUAUUUGUUUUUCUCCUCUUCAUCUGGUAAAAAGUGUGUUGCGCCUUCUCCAUUGCAGAAGAUAAACGUGGCAAAUCCAGCGGCAGCCCAGAACCCAAAGCCCCAGGCCGCUUCCACUCCUUCACCGGAUCCAAUAGCGCCUGCACAUGCCAGUAUGCCAAAUAAAAGCGCUCCCCGGGAUGUGCUUGCGAGGAAUCUUAUCCAGAAUGCUGCGAGCACAUUGAAAAAUAACCUUUUUCUUGAAUUUCUCCUUAAACUGGGAGAAGGCAUUGAAAUUAAGUAUAGAGCCCUUCAAGAAAUAGCCAACAACCCGAAUGACUACAAAUAUUUGAGAAAAAUUUCUGACUGGAGCGAUGCUUUGGUUCAGCAGACAUUGCGUUUCAUUGCAGAAAACGCUUCAGUUCCAGAAUAUAAGAGCCACAAUCCCGCAGAGUCAGUAGCUUUGAGCAACAGACUAUCAGUCAAAAAAGAAAGGAUACUUCAUUCCUUAGGCGAAUAUACUGACGACACUAAGAGAGUUGAUGAGCUGGCAAAGCACCAAAUAUAUUUAAACAAAGGAAAGGACUCCGUAGUUGCUUCUAUAUUGUUUAUUUUCAGCAUUCCAGAGAUAUUCGCUGAUCUUGUAAACCUUAAAUUAGAGAGCAUUCACAUAAGAAAAAAAGAGUGUUUAAAGGCACAUUCUAAAAACUUGGUAUCCAAAUGGCUAUAUUCGCAUGAUGGGGUAUACCUAGAAAGCCCUUUGGUUUUCUUUGAUACUUUGGAGCGCCUAUCUAUAUUUGCAAAGGCUAUAAAGCACUGCCAAGAUCCAGCUGAAAUGGCAAAAGAGCAAGAAGAAGUGCAUACACAUAUUUUUGAAACAAUCAAAAACCAUAUGCGGAGCAACUGCAAGAAUGCUGGCUCUUCAGCUAUGUAUACCGGUGAAGAUGCAAAAACCUGCUGCAUGUUUCUACACUACAUUAUGUGCACAUUCUAUUCUAUAUUCCCGCACAUCACAGAAGGGGUGCGCAUUACAGGAAAGGGCCUGCUUUCUAGUAGCGAAUCCUACGUAAGCACCUUCAUAAUAGACGGUGACUCCAGAGCAUUAUACGUGUGCACUAGCACAGAACAAACGUGCAAGCCAGAAAAGCAGUCAAACAGACAUGAUUUGACACAUAUAAACCUGCAGCACAUAUACUAUGUGGACAAUGAAAAACAGUCGCGAGAGCUUGUUAUAGUUCCUGUGCCUAUUGGUGGAACACCCUUUACAGAUAUAGCUAGAUACAUUUCAGAUAUGUACGGCAAGCCUCUAGAAAGAAUACAUCUUUUCAGUUUCAACACCCGAACACACGGGAUGACCUACAUGCCCAUGGACGGCCAUAUAUCCCGUAAUAGUAUACACUCUUACGUGGAAGUUCCGGUUUUCUAUUACAUAGAGCAUCAAAACCCAUCCGACAGCGAAAACAUCUGGCUAGUCGAGUUUAUUGUGGAGUCAAAAGACAACCCGGGCUUAAACUACGAUGUUGCACACCUUCCACUCUUCGUGAACGACUUGCUGCUCUGCUCAAUAGGCCUGUCCAAGUACAAGCCCGUUCCGCAGGCUGCCCCCGCGCGUCCUAUCAAAGACAUAUGCAUGAUGAUGAACGAACGCCCGCAAGUGUACGCCGUCAACCUUGAAAAUGCGCAUGCACUCCAAGGCUACUAUCCGCUGACUAUGAUCAAUAUCGACACCCCCAGCGAUUCAAGCAUUAUGGACUUAAGAAUCGUAUCGAGUAGCGUUCUAACUGCCCCUCUUUUGGAUGAGUUAAAUGAACGAACUAUACUUAAAGUUACGUACAGAAUCCGAAAAGCCCGAAAAGACCAAUACAGCAUUUUCCCCGUAUUCUACGACAGCGAUAAUAUGAAAAACCUUUAUUUAAACCAUGAUAUGUAUGGAAACGAACUAAAAGCAUUUAUAGCGAGUAAAAAAGGCGCCCCAAACCAUCUUGUUUAUAUAUCUUCAAACAGCACCGACCAACUUAAAUUACGUGAAGUCAUGAUUUCUUCACUCAAACUCUACAAUCAAAAACUAGAAAAAAACAAAAUUAGUUCCUUCAUGUCCCCGAAUGUCACCCACAUCCAUUACGCAAUCACGCAUCCUUUGAGAUACAUUCAGCGCGCCCAGAUGGGGUUGCAUGGUGACCUUCUGAGCUAUCUAACGAUGCAAUAG